GCUGUCUGUGUAGUUUGGUAUGGUUAGAGCUGAUCAUUUUGGAUUAAACGGAUGUAAAAGCGAUUGAUAGGGAGUAGGUAACGUUUAGGAUGUGGAUCAGUCCGGAGGAGGUGCUGCUGGCUAACGCGCUGUGGGUGAGCGAGAGGGCCAAUCCUUUCUUCAUCCUGCAGCGGAGGAAGGGACAUGGAAAAGGAGGAGGCAUCACCGGUCUUCUGGUUGGUACGCUGGAUGUUGUGCUGGACUCCAGUGCCCGUGUGGCUCCGUAUAGGAUCCUUCACCAAACAGGAGACUCUCAGCUCUUUUGGAGCAUUGCUUGUGGCUCAUCUCGCAAGGAGAUAACAGAACAUUGGGAAUGGCUGGAGGCUAAUUUACUGCAGACACUUUCCAUUUUUGAUAAUGAUGAAGACAUCACCACAUUUGUUAAGGGCAAGAUACAGGGUAUCAUUGCUGAGGAGAAUAAGAGUCGACAGGCACAGGAAGACGAGGAUUGUGGGAAGUUUCGAGAGGCUGAGCUGAAGAUGCGAAAGCUGUUUGGGAUGCCAGAGGAGGAAAAGCUGGUAAACUACUACUCGUGCAGCUACUGGAAGGGCAGAGUGCCACGGCAAGGCUGGCUCUACCUCUCAGUCAAUCAUCUCUGCUUCUACUCCUUCCUCCUUGGAAAGGAGGUGACAUUGGUGGUGCAGUGGACAGAUGUGACUCAGUUAGAUAAGAAUGCCACGCUGUUAUUCCCAGAGAGUGUCCGUGUGAGCACCAGAGACACUGAGCACUAUUUCUCUAUGUUUCUCAACAUCAAUGACACCUUUAAGCUGAUGGAGCAGCUGGCUAACAUUGCUAUGAGGCAGCUGCUGGAUAAUGAGGGCUUCUCUAUUGACCGCUUACUUCCCAAAGCCUGCAAGACCCUUAAAAAUGUCUCUGCACUUAAGAGAGACCUAGACGCACGGGCGAAAAAUGAGCGAUACAGGGCUCUGUUCCGCCUAACAAAGGAUGAGCGGUUGGACGGUCACACUGACUGCACCCUGUGGACACCCUUUGCUAAGAUGCAUGUUGUCGGACAGAUGUUCGUUUCCAACAACUAUAUUUGCUUUGCCAGCAGAGAGGAGGACCUUUGUCAGCUCAUUAUACCACUCAGAGAGGUGUCUAUAGUAGAGAAAGCCGACAGCAGCAGUGUUUUACCCAGUCCUCUCUCCAUCAGCACUAAAAACAAGAUGACCUUUCUGUUUGCCAACCUUAAAGAUCGGGACUUCCUUGUUCAGCGCAUCUCAGACUUCCUGCAGCGCACUCCUGAUAGACUCAGUAGCCUGACUGCCCCGUCUGAAACUCCAAGUCCCAACAUGCCUCAUGCUCUCUCUCCAAACCCACCAGUGGUAGGAUCAGGUGAAGUGGCUCAAGGUCAGUACUACAACUCCAACCUUCCCACAGCCAAGCAAGGCCUGCUCAGUAUCUACCAGAAAGACCGUCCUGAGGAUCUGGGGCCCAAAGCGACAAAAGAAAAGAUGAAAGAAGAAUCCUGGAACAUCCAUUUCUUUGAGUUUGGGCGGGGUGUAUGCAUGUACCGCACAUCUAAGACAAGAGACCUGGUCCUGAAUGGAAUUCCUGAGAGUCUGAGAGGGGAGCUAUGGAUGCUGUUUUCAGGUGCUCAGAAUGAGAUGGUGACUCACCCAGGUUACUAUGCGGAGCUGGUGGAGCAGGCGAUGGGUCGAUGUACAUUAGCUACAGAGGAGAUUGAGAGGGACCUGCAUCGCUCUAUGCCUGAGCACCAUGCCUUCCAAAAUGAGAUGGGCAUUGCUGCACUCCGGCGAGUCCUCACUGCAUACGCCUACCGCAACCCAGGCAUAGGCUACUGCCAGGCCAUGAAUAUAGUAACUUCAGUAUUGCUGCUGUACUGUACAGAAGAGGAAGCGUUCUGGCUGCUGGUGGCGUUAUGUGAAAGGAUGUUGCCUGAUUACUACAACACUAGAGUUGUGGGCGCACUGGUAGACCAGGGUGUGUUCGAGGAGCUGACGCGGGAGUUUUUGCCACUGCUCUAUGACCACAUGCAGGAGCUGGGAGUGAUCUCAACCAUCUCUCUGUCCUGGUUUCUCACUCUCUUUCUGUCUGUCAUGCCGUUCGACAGCGCUGUGCUUUUGGUGGACUGCUUCUUCUAUGAGGGCAUUAAGGUCAUCUUCCAGGUAUCAUUGGCUGUGCUUCAUGCUAACAUGGAGCAUCUGAUUAACUGCACAGAUGAAGGAGAGGCCAUGACUAUAUUGGGAAGGUAUCUGGAUAAUGUAGUGAACAAGCAAACAGUGUCUCCACCCAUCCCACACCUCCAUGCCCUGCUGACCAGUGGGGAUGAACCGCCACCUGAAAUUGAUGUUUUUGAGCUAAUUAAGGCCUCUUAUGAGAAGUUUGGCAGUCUGCGUGCUGAUGUCAUUGAGCAGAUGCGGUUUAAACAACGGUUAAAGGUCAUCCAGUCUUUAGAGGACACAGCCAAGAGGAGUGUGGUGAGAGCCAUCAUGACAGAAUCUGCCUUUAGUAUUGAAGAGCUUGAGGAGCUGUAUGUUUUGUUUAAGGCCAAGCACAUAAUGAGCUGUUACUGGGGUGCAAGCAGCACUGCUGCAGAGCGUCACGACCCAAGUCUGCCCUAUCUGGAGCAGUACAGGAUCGACUGUGGUCAGUUUAGUGAGCUGUUUUUGGCUCUGGCACCUUGGGGCUGUGGUCCGCACACCUCCACGCUCGCUAUCCGCUUGUUUCGCCUUCUGGACCUCAACAAAGACUCUCUCAUCAAUUUUAAAGAGUUCGUUACAGGCCUGAGUGGAAUGUAUCAUGGUGACAUGACUGAGAAACUGAAGCUGCUUUAUAAAUUACACCUGCCUCCAGCUUUAUGCCCAGAAGAGGCAGAGUCUGCACUUGAGGCUACUCAGUUCUUUACCGACGAUAACCCACCACAAGAUUCUCCCUCCUUGUCCCAGCUCGACUUCCUGGUGCAGGAAGUUGCCUCAGGUGAGGAGGCAAGGGAGGCAGCGGAUACAGGUGACUCUGAAGAGAAAAAAGAGGAGAAAGUUAAAGACUAUAAGUAUUACCUGAGAAUGUGGGCUAAAGAGCGAGAACCCAAAAAAGAGACCAUUAAAGAUCUGCCCAGAAUGAACCAGGAGCAAUUUAUUGAGCUGUGCAAGACACUCUAUAACAUGUUUAGCGAAGACCCUCAGGAGCAGGAGCUCUAUCAUGCCAUCGCCACUGUUGCCAGCUUGCUCUUACGCAUUGGAGAGGUUGGCAAGAAAUUUACCAACAACGGCAGCAAGAAGGCUGAAGUGCAUGCACCGCCUGUGGAAGAGACUUUAGGAAAAGAGGACAGCUCUGGUGAGGCCGGCUCAGGGCAGUCCCUGGUGUCGAAAGCGCUAGCAGAGGCUCAGCUUGAGUCCCCGCCCCCUCCAGCCAACGGGUCAGACGAAGACGUGAAAGACGACACAUCCAUUUCAUCGUACUCUGUGGUCAGCUCUGGGUCCCUGCAGUGCGAAGACAUUUCCGACGAUACGGUUCUUAUCGGCUGUGGAGUGGGAGGAGCGGGAAGUGUGAGCGACAGUAGGCGUGGCAGUUCGCUGGAUGCCGAUUGGUCGAUUUCGUUCGAGCAGGUGCUGGCAUCGUUGCUGACCGAGCCGGCUCUGGUGAACUAUUUUGAGAAGAAGCAUGACAUCAGGAGCAGGAUGACUGCCUGUAAGGCGCAGAGAGCUAUCGAGAGGCAGAUCAGUUCGUCCAGUGAUCACGAGCUAGCUCAGCUGUCUACAUGAAAGCUUGCACAGGUUCUAUGCAGAGAUCUGACUUGGAAGAUUUUACUCAUUCUCAUCGCCUUUAAACCGUUAAGUGAGCGCCUUCCUUCUGCACUUUUUCUCAUUUGGCCUUUGUGCAGCUGUUCAUGCAUGGUUGCUGCUCUCAGGUUUGAGUUCAGCCUGUAGCUGGUGCAUUGUUAAGGUAUGUAGGGUUUGUCAUGGCCUAGACCCCUUUCACAGUCAGAACUUGUGGAAUUAUCGACUUAGCUUUACUGGUAAUGUUCCAGCUUUGUGUCAGUCAUGUUUGCUGCCUGCACACAGUUAUUUACCAGGAUGCAUCUCUUAACUCAUUUACCAUGGGAUGGGAUGUGUAACAAAUGUAAUGGUAACUUACAUUUCAAAGAUAAGUUUGCAUAUCAAAUGAGGCCAUCAACAAGUCAAUGCCUCAGUCAGAAUUGUCCUAUAACUCUGCCAACUGGAGUAAUUGGUAGGGUUCAACCCUUUGUCAAAGGGUGCACUUCUGAAACUCAGCCUAGAGUCCUGUUUGAAGAGUACAUUAAUAUUUUAAUAAUCAAAUUUUUUAAUUGCAUAUACUAAUGCCUUGUUCAUGUUGGUGAUGUGUGGCCGAUUAGAUCAUUAAGCAUCUUUUAGGAUUUCAGGAUUGGUGAAUA